UUCAGCAGAGAGAAGUCUUCUAUGCCCCUAGUUCCUCCAAGGGACACGCUGCCAGACAAGCAAUAUCAAAAUAUCCCAUAACUAUUCAACUUUUUACACAUCCUGGAACAACACAGCUGACGGGUGACGGAGGUUAUUUACAUUAAGUCACUGCUACAAGAACACAGCAGCCAGCCUGAAGACUGAGGGAUACAAUGACCUUCCACUUUGUAAGCCUAGUGUUCAUAUGGCUGCCACUACUGACAGCAAGCAGCACAGUGACAUCUGGCCACAACAACAACUUCAAUAAUGCCAUAACAGGAACUCAGGUAACACGAAAUAAGUUCACCCAUGACCAGCUGACAACACAAGAGAUGUCCAGCUCAAACCCACUCUCAGCGGUCUCAGAUCCUACCAUCACACAGUCUAUCAAAGCAUAUGUAAAUCCAACGGAGGAACUAGCUACAAAAUCCAGCACUGAACCUUCACUGCAAACAACUUGGACAACUUCUUUGAAGACAGUCUUCCCAGGUAUUCAAACAGCAGCAACUCCAACCAAUUCCACAUCUGCUCAGUUAGACGGCUCAACAGUAGAGAUGAGGCCCACAACAGUACAAAUCAAAGGCACAUCAUCAGAAGUAGCAACUGCUACCAGUCAUGCGAGCAUCCCAACCACAACUACAAGGGUACCACUAACGCUCAGCAGCUCCGCUCAAAGCCAGUUCACCAGUAAUAAAGUUACCCGUCUAUCUGCACGUCCAACACAGUCGACAAACCUCAUCUCUACUAAAACCACAUUUGCCAAGCCUGCUGAAAACAACUCUACAAGUUCAGGACACGUCACGCUAGGUGAUGCAACGCAGUCUGCAGGUUCAUACAAAACUUCAGUGGCUAUGACAAAGACACCAUUCAUCCACAUCACCAAAGCAAAGAAAAGACAAGAUCCCCCUGAAAAUAAUGCAAAGUCCAAUAAAAGCACAGACCACAGUAAGGUAGUGGCAGGGCUGAUAGGUGGAGCCCUGGUACUGAUGAUGUUUGGAUUCCUACUCAUCUACAUCAAGAAAAGGAAGCUUCAGAAGCAUCAGAUUACCACUACAGACUGGGCAGGUCCCUCACCGUUUCUUGAGGCUGGAGCUGACAACGUCCAGGUAACACGGAGGUCAUCCAACCGAAUUUCUCUCUCUAGCUUCCUGCCUCAGAGGCUAACAAAAAGGUUGUCCUUGCUCCCAGAAACAGAUGAACAGUUAGAGGACAUGACACCAGGUACUACAUUUGGAGCUAAACAUCAAGGGAGUACAUUUGGCCAAGAGGAGGAUGGAAAUGAUGAACAAGUCAGCAAUGGGACUGCUGUAGUUGUCCUGGAAAUGAAAAACACUGGAGAUGAUCCAGAUACCAUUGAAAACUCUGUCUCAGUGACUUCAAAAAAGAGUGAGUAGUUUCUAGGCAGCAGUAAAUAUGAUUGAGAACACAGGAAACUAACUUGCCAUAGUUUAAAGAAAAUAUGACAAGAGAAAAGUCAUGUUUAUCCAGGGUACUACUGCAAAAUUUAAAAAACUUAAAGGCAUUACAGCAAAGCAGUAUAAUAUUAACACAGAAGAUUACAAAAUAAAAAAGUCCAGAAUAAUGUUUCAUCUGACAUAAAAGUCAGUCCAAUUGAAAAUGAAACAUAUUCGUAAGUCUCACUGAUUGCUGUCUGUAGAGUAAUGUAACAUGUGCAGUUGACAAGUAAAAAGAUUCAAUACGUACCUUUGGCACUGAUACAACCCUCUAUAGUUCAUAUAUCAGGUUUCAAAACUUUCAAAAUAUUUCUCAAGAGCAAAUUUCUCAACAUGUGAUUUUCAGAUUAGUCAUAACUGAAUGUGUUUUGUGAAGCUUGUGCAAUGAGUCUAAAAAGUGGCUUUAUACGAUGUCCGCUCACAAGGGAGUUUUGCCACUCAUGGUGUGCCAGUGGGAGUGUGGGCACCACUAUCAGACUGUCAGCCACACGCCCCAUUUUCCCCAGGCUUGGCACUUUUCAGCUCUCAGCUGCACCUACUGCAGACUGUCAGCGUCUUUAUAUGGGAAACAGAAGAAGACUACUCACAUGAGGCUGUGUAAGAUAGUCAAACACAAAUGAACAACACAAAAUGAAAUGUAUCGAACUGCAAGGCUUUUACAUGUGGAUUCACUGGAUUUUCUUUUAUUGGCCUUCAGACAUAUGAUGACAUAAGCCUAUUUGUUAGCAAGAUAUCUGAGACACUAAUUACAAAUCUCAGUGACACUGGGUGGAACAUUAGAGCAUGGUGUGUAUCAGGAUCCAUGUAGGGAACCAGGAACUUGUUAAGCAUUCUUAAUGAAUUUCCGGCAUUACUAUUUGUGCAGCUUAGGCCGUGAGUUCAGUUAACUUAGUACUUCUACGUUUCAUUUCUAUUAAAGACACGUUAGAAAGGGCUAGAUGUGUAGUGUAGGAGGGCGUACUGCUUACUGCCACAGUGGGUUAUGGGUUAAUGGUUUCAUAUGUUGACUGCACUAUUCCAUGUGGUUAUGUGGUUUUCAUAAUGUGUCAUUUCUAGGCUGUGAGAGAAGAGUAUGUAGAUGUAUUUAAUCGAGGUGUUAAGUCUUUUUGUUCCUUUGCAAGUUGGUAAUUAUCUUGAUCAUGAAGCUUUUGCUCAAAUUUCUGUAAUUAUGUAUUUUGUAUAUCUGACUUUCUUUUAUUGUAUCUGAAGAGAAUAGAGAAUUGUGACUCUUAAAAAGCCUGGUGAAAGCUCUGUCACGUCUCUGAGUGGUUGUGGUUUUGAAUGUAAAAUAAAAAGCACACCUACUUUUACAUACCAAUAAAUCCAACAGCUGUACAUUA